AAAUCAGAGAGAGAAAAGGAUGAGGAAGAAGAACGAAGGAGGAGGGACAACAGAGGAGGAGGAGGUGAAAGGAGGAGGGUAAGGAUGAAGAGCAGGACGUCUGAAAGUUACUCUCAGUCCGUUCAUCCAUCAGCUCACAGACGGAGUCAUUUAACUCACAGAGUUUUGUCCCAGCUGAGCCGCCGUACCUGCUGCACACCGUCCUCCUGUGGACGCUUUCAGCUGUGGACGCUUUCAGCUGUGGACAUGGUCUUCUUCUACGCCACAGCUGCGCGGCUCAGGAAACAUCUGUCGUUUUAAACCUCGCUGCUGUGUCCUGUUCACAUCUGCUGAAUGACGAUGGAAGUUAAACCUGCUUCAACUCCAGCUUCAGAUGCUGUGACCGACUAGCGCUAGCGCAGUUAGCUAGCGAGUUAGCGGUUAGCUCACCGACGCGCCCUGCGAGUACAGACACCACGUCAACAAGCUUCAGGAUCUAGAUAUUUAGCAGAUGAAUUUCGCUGGACCACUGUGGCGUGACGAGGCCUUAAAGCUGCAGUAGUGCAACAAGUGAACAAUGAAAAACCAUCACUCCGCUAAGCCCCUCCCACCAAACCCACAAGUUCGUCCGCCAGCAGGAGGAGCCCUCGCUCUCCGCGGCGAGAGCCUCGCCAGGACCCCGCUACCGCUUGCCGUGACUCGUCUUCUCAAAGACGCCCCUCCAGCACCAAAUGCCACCAGGAACCUGUUUUUUCACAGAUGUCUCGUGUACUAAAGUCAGGAUAUAGUGACAGUUUCAGCAAAUAUGCCAAAAAGUAAUUUUUAUAAAAGUUACCUACUGUAGCUUUAAUUCAUAUCCACCAUGUAUACGCUAAUGCAGCAGUGCGUCAGCCAUGGAUGUAUAAAGAGAGCUGGAUACAGCGUCGGAGGCUCCGGGCAUUCCUAUGAAAGCUGCUCAGAGGCGCAUGAAAACAAAAAAGUUCGACUUCCUGGUAUAAAAUUACCCGGAUCUUCCUACAGCUCCCGCAUUGUGCGGUGCCACAGGCGCAAGCGCACUAGCGUUUCUUUUAACCCCGCCUCCCUCUACCCCGGAGGGCUAACUUCCGGUUUAGCCCUCCGGCUAACUGGAAUGGGGAUAAAAUGAUUUAGUCUCUUCUAGACUUCCCAAAUGUUAUCGGACCGAAUGGAUCUAAUUCUGACAGUGAAACGAGCCGUUUCGCGGGCGGUUGUGACGCUCAAAAAAAUGUAUCCACCGUUUUACAGCCGCUUCUUUCACAAAGAGUCCCGGGAAAAAAAAAGGACAUCACACACGUGCGCAGUGAGGGCUCGCGCUGUCAUUUUCCACCACGCGUGCCGCCCGCAGGCUCCUCUUGCAGGGACUUUUCCCCCCCACAGUCAGAAACCAGCGGCUCGUGCUGUUCCGCGCGCAGAUUCCGCUUCACGUCAAAGCAGCUGCAGUUAGUCAGCCUGGGACCGGAACACAGCGCGUGUACCCGUCAAAAUAAAAGCAUACGAUUUGGAAAGUGGCGAUAUAAGUAAUUAAUGAAUAAUGUAAUAAUUAACUUCCCAAAACCGGUGUGAGAUAAUGUUUGAAAUUUGAAUUUGUUGGAAAAAUGUAAAAGUAAAUAUGAUAAUAAAUAAAGUGACAUAACAUGUUUGAACAAACAUCGGAUAUUUUUAGUUUUUAUCAAAUUUUCACACUCGCUUAUAUGUGGGUCGUGGGUCAAAACAGAUUGAUGUAGAAGUUUUUAAAAAUAACAAUAAACUAGAAAUUGUAGUACGAUUCAUCUUUUAAUAUUGAGGCUAGGAGUUAAGGCUAACCAAAAAAUGUGUUAUCAGUAAAAUGUUCUUUUAACUUACCUUUUGAUGACAUCUUAUUACAGUAUAUGUAAUUUAUUAGCCCACAUGAUUAUUUUUUAUUAUUAUAUGAUCAUUUAUUUCCUUUUUAAGAAAGACAAAUGAAAUAAACCAUGAGAAAAUGAACUGUCUACACGUUGUUUUUGUAAAUGAAAGGGUUUUAUUUAAUAUUAAAGCCUGUCUGAGCCUGUUGAUUUAACCUUCUGCGUCACUGUUUGCUUGUCUAACUCCGUUCAGCCGUAAACUGAUUUUAUUCUCUUGUUUCAGUUGAAAAAAAUCUAAAACUGAGAAAUUGUUCAGUAUUAUACCACAAAAAAGUCUAAAGAAACUAUUUUUUGUAUCAAAAAUAUUUUCUUCAUUCUUUCUUCCUCUAUUGAUCUAAUGACUCCUCAGCUUGACCCUCCUUGUACAAGACCUGAACGACAUUAUUUUGAAAAUAUCUUCCCGGAAGCCGUUUCCUUGUCCACUGUGUUCGACUUUACCGCUCGGUUCGCUCGGUGACGUCUCUCACCGGUAAAAAUCCACCGACGAGUCGACCGGACUGGCCGCUUCUCCCUCUCCUUCGCCGGAGCUCAGAGCGGCAUCACGGCGUCACGGAGCCCCGACUCUCCGCCUCUCCUCCCCGGCCUGACGGGCCGCGAAGAGCCGCUGACAGCAAGGACAGGACACGGAGCGGGUACCGCUCAGGAUGAUGGAUGUAACUCCGGUACCGACUAACGGACAAGGAGCCCGGUGGACUCGGCGGAGGGGCAGCGGGGACUUCUGAACAUCCUACCGGUCGGAGGAUAACGUUACUGGCGCACCGACGUUGUUUUCUUGAAUUUGAAUCUUUUUUUCUACAAUGUCACCAUCAAGGAGACGCGGCUGAGGCACCUGCUCUUCUUCUCGGUCCUCCGCUGACCGUCAUCUUCGUCAGCUGCUCCUGACGGUUUUAGCUAACGUUAGCUCCGGUAUGAGCAGAACCGGACCUUCCUGUCAGAUCUGACCGGGGUUUGGGGGGUGGUGGCGGGGUGCUGGUGGGGGACACGUUUGGAUUUUUGGAUGAGAACCGGUCACCGGUCCGGAUUCCGGAGCUGCGGCGGAGGAGGAGGAGGCGGGAGGAGGAGCGGCAGCAGCGGCUGCGGGGAACCGAACUGACAACCUCAUCCCCGGGGGGAGAGAAGCAGCGAGGCGGCCAGAGGAGGAUGUGAAGAUGGGUUUAGUUUUCGGUCUCCUGUGGCUGUUUACCGGCUUCCUGCAGGGCGUGCACGGCCAGGGCGUGUACGCGCCCCCUACAGUGCGUAUCGUGCACUCAGGUCAGGCCUGUAACGUGGAGGAGGAGCGCUACAGUGAGAGAGUUUACACCAUCAGAGAGGGAGAGACUUUGGAGCUGCAGUGUCUGGUGACAGGACACCCCCGACCACAGAUUCGUUGGACUAAGACGGCGGGCGGAGCCUCGGACCGUCAGGGCGACUCAUCGCUGCACAACGAAACUCUGAAGAUCGAUAAUAUCAGCCGCCACCAGGGGGGGCGCUACUACUGCAAGGCUGAGAACGGACUGGGAUCCCCCGCCAUCCGGUCCAUACGGGUCGACGUCUACUACCUGGAUGACCCGGUGAUAACGGUACAUCAGAGUGUCGGUGAGGCGAAGGAGCAUUUCUACUUUGAGAGGACGGUGUUUCUUCGCUGCGUGGCCAACUCCAACCCACCUGUUCACUACACCUGGAGGAGAGGCAGGGAGGCGCUGACACAAGGCUCCGACUCCGGGGUGGAGAUCUACGAACCGUUUUUUACACAGGGUGAGACGAAGAUCUUGAAGCUGAAGAAUCUUCGUCCUCAGGAUUACGCCGACUACACCUGCAUCUCCUCCGUCAGGAGUGUCUGCGGCAUCGGAGACAAGAGCGCCCACUUCGGUCUGAACAACAGGACAGCUCCUCCCUCCAUUAAGCUCCUCCUGGACGACCCCCUGGUGGUGAACCCGGGGGAGACGAUCACUCUGGUGUGUGUUGCGUCGGGCGGAGACCCUCCUCCCACCCUGAGGUGGGUGAGGCUGGGAGGACAGGAGCUCCCGAAGAGGAGCAUUGUCAACAGCGGCACGCUGACCAUCCCUGUAGUCAACGUGGACGACGGCGGUGUCUACAGCUGCGUGGCGUCCAACAACGUGGGCAACCCUGCCAAGAAAUCCACCACCAUACUGGUCAGAGGCCUUCGUAAAGGUCGGUUCUGGAUCACGCCCGACCCGUACCACAACGACGACAACAUCCAGAUCGGUCGGGAGGUGAAGAUCAGCUGCCAGGUGGAGGCCACGCCGCCCGAGGAGCUGCAGUUCAGCUGGCUGAAGAACGGCCGGCCGCUGAGGAGCUCCGAGCGGAUGGUGAUCACCCACACCGACACCGACGUCUCGCCGGGAACCACCAACCUCGACAUCAUCGACCUCAAGUUCACCGACUUCGGCACUUACACCUGCGUGGCGUCGCUGAGGAACGGAGGAACCCCCGAGAUCAGCAUCGACGUCAACAUCUCAUCCACCACAGUUCCUCCGGAGCUGACCGUCCCCAGGGGGCGCUCUCACCUCAUUGCUCAGGAGGGCGACACUGUGGACCUGCAGUGUCUGGUGUCAGGGAAACCCAAACCCAUCAUCCUGUGGUCCCGGGUGGAGGAGAGCGGGGGGGCGGCGGCGGCGGCGGCGGCUCUGAUGCCGGACGGCUCGGCUCAGACGGAGAGCUACGACGGCGUCCUGAGGAUCAGCAACGUGACGAGAGAGAUGGGCGGGACGUACCGCUGCCAGACGAGCCAAUACAACGGCUUCAACGUGAAACCCAGAGAGGCUCUGAUCCAGCUGGUGGUGCAGUUCCCUCCCAAUGUGGAGCCGGUGUACACGGAGAUCCGUCAGGCUCUCGGCCGGGCGUUCAGCCUCACCUGCCGCCUGCUGCGAGCUCACCCGGCCCGCCUCCUGCGAUACGAGUGGAAGCUGGGCUCCCGCCUCCUCACCGUCGGACAGUUCAGUGACCAGCGCGACGACACCUACUAUCUGGUCAAAGCUCUGAACCGAGAGGGCUACGGCGAGUACACCUGUGACAUCACCAACGAGGCCGGGGCAGGGCGCUGCACCUUCCUGGUCACAGGGAAGGCCUACGCUCCAGAGUUUUACUACGACACCUACAGCGCUCUGUGGCAGAACAGACCUCGAGUCUACGGCUUCAAGCUGCAGUGGACACAGAUGGAGCCCAACGCUGUGGACCGAAUCCUGGCCUACAGACUCGGCAUCAGACAGAUGGGUCAGUCUCGCUGGUGGGAGCAGGAGAUUCCCAUGGAGGGAACCAUCCAGAAGGGGGAGCUGUUGACCUACAACCUGACUGAACUCAUCAAACCUGAGUCUUACCUGGUCCGCCUCACCCCCAUCACCCGCUACGGAGAGGGCGACGCCACUGAACGCAUCAUCACAUACAGCGCUCCUGUUAACCCACAUCUCAGGGAGUUCCAGUGCGGUUUCGAGGACGAGGCGCUGUGUUUGUUCUCGCAGGACAAAACAGACGAGUUCGACUGGACGCGUCACAGCGCCGCCACACGAGACACCAAAUACACCCCGAACACCGGGCCGAGCUCCGACCACACCGGCUCCAAGCAGGGUUUCUACAUGUACAUCGAGACGUCGAGGCCGAGGCUGGAUGGAGACAAGGCCCGGCUGCUGUCUCCCACCUUCAACACGAACUCCAAGAGCUCCUCCCCCUCCUCCGUCACCAACAACCCCACCUACUGCUUCGCCUUCUACUACCACAUGUACGGGAAACACAUAGGAGCGCUGAACGUGUUUCUGCGUCAGAAAGGUCAGACGGUGACGGACACCUCGGUCUGGAGUCUGACCGGUAACCAAGGAGACCGCUGGCGGCGAGCCAAGGUCAACAUCCACCCAACCGCAGCCUUCCAGAUGGUGAUGGAGGGAGUUCGAGGUUCUGGUAUCGAGGGAGAUAUCGCCAUCGAUGAUGUCACCAUCGAGGAGGGCGAAUGUAAAGACCCGCCCCCCAACAAUCUAAGGUCGCUCGCCCCGCCCUCAUCACCCCAUAUAUGGCAGCUGUGCGUCACUCUGAGUCUAGCUCUGAUUGGCCGGCAGAGGUGACCCCUCCUCUUUACGGGACGCCACGACCUUUGACUCUACUGCCCGUCCUCACCCAUCCAAUCCCAUCUCUCUCCCCCUCCCCCCCCCCCCAACUACCAAAGAUACAGUCAGAACUACAGAGAGACUUCCUGCCAAGAUGGCUGACAGAAAAGGUCAAGAGAUCACAUGAAGAAGUGAUGACUUAAAGGAGCAGUCCGACAUUUAGUGAACUCGUCUUGUUCUCCGGCUUCUCCAGACUCCGAUCUUUCAGGUGGAUAUCAGAGAUAGUUUAGCACAAAGACUGGAAGCAGUCGGGCUAGCUGUUUCCCCCUGCUUCCACUCUUUAUGCUAAGCUAACUGACUCGCAACACUUAACAUAUCCACCUGAACAUCUCGCUCUCCUUUAACUGUAAUGAUUUGAAAGCUUAUUUUUAGGAGCCCAUUUCUGCCAAGAAAAGAAAAACAUGGAUUAAACGUUUGGAUGAUAGAAAUUAAAAUACUCAUUGUAAGUAGUCAUGAAUGAAAAAGUCACACAUUUGACUUACUAAUUUUGGGUUAAUUUCUCAUUAUUUUGACUUGGAAUGUCCUAGUUUUAUGCUAACUUUAUGCUAAGCUAACCCCAUCCUGACUCCGGGUACUUAACAUAUCCAUCACAACAUCUCAGAAAGAAAGAGAAUGAGGAAGUUUUCCCAAAAUGGUAAGCAAUUUCUUUAAAUGUAAUAAUUUGAAAAGGUCACUGUUCAUGCAGGUGACGUGGUUUUCCUGUCUUACAGAACCAGCACCUGUAAUAAUUUAACUCUACAGAAACCAGGUGUUUACACGAUGAUUUCAGAUUACAGCAGAAAGUUGACAACGCUGGUUACUUAAAAGCAUGUAACCACGACAACAGUUAAAAUAGAGACAGCGGGUUGGCUUAAAGAAGAGGUUUGUGAAAGGUAGACAAGCUACUAAUCAUCCGUCAGCGUUUUUAAUGUUUCCAAAGGAUCUUCUGAAGCUUUUCUCCAGUGAAACUUGUCGACCUUUUGUUUUCAUCGCGGCGCCACAAAGCACAGAAAAUCAGGCGCUUCAGUCAGAGAAAGGAGGAAAUAACAGCUUGAAUGUCAUCUUUCCUGACCUCCCCUCCAUCCCGCCAUCCCCACUCAUAAACCCUCCCAGCCCCCAGCGCCCCCCCCCCCGUACUCCCCCUCCACAGAUCAUCAGUACUGUACCGCGAGCUGGACGGACAAACGGCAGUCUCUCUUUUUCCGGGGGAGGUAACUUUUUACAGCGUGCGGACCGGCAGUUUUUAAAAAAAAUACUUUUAGAUCUUAUUUUGACGUCUGUCUGUCUGUCUGCGUCGAACCGAGGAGGCGAGUUCACCCUCUGCCAUGACAUCAAGUGCCUUCAGACUCACAGAGGAAAAAGAUCGCCGGGCUGAGGAACGCCGUCGUCACGGAAACAAAACAAAAAGACAAAGCGCCGGAUCAUUAUGUCUUAAUGGCCGAGGAGAAAAUCACCAUGAACAGAAAUAUCUCCCGGUCUGAUUAUGCAGAGAAUCACUUUCUUACAGAUUUUCUUCAGACCUUCUGGUUUUGUUUUUUUUUAUUUUAUUUUGAGAAGAAAAUGUUUCUGAUGACAAGAGGAUUCUGGGAAAAAGGAAGCCAUGUUGGAUGGCGACGAAGAAGCCAUGGACAGGAAGUAGACUCUGGAUACAGACAGGAACUUCUUUGAUUUAUUUAACAGUUUAAAGAACAACAUGCAAUCUGUGACUUGAUAUUUCAAAAUAAAAGACUUCCUGUUGGACGAUUUUCAGCCCUAAGCCAAUGGGAUUUGAGCAUUUGGUCUCUCCGAACUAUUUUAGUAUUUCAAAAUAAGAGUUUUCAGAAGGAGGCGGAGACUUUGACGCUACCUGAGAUCAUCAGUUACCUUAAACUAUAAAAACAGCCGGAGCUUUUGGAAAAAGGAGGAAGAAAUAUGUAUCUUGGAUUGUUCCUAUGAUAUUAUAAAGAUGGGGGAUCUUUACACUUUUAUUCUCUCCCCAUCUCUUUUGUUUUGUUGGUUUUAACGAGGGUGGGACUUUCAGUUCAGGUUUCUUUAUUUAGCUUUUUUAUUUGUGGAAAAACUCCAGGGUUAAUGUUUUUGUUUUUUAACUUUAGGGAGUUGAUGGUUUGAGUCAAGAGCAAAUGGAUUUGAUACACGUCCCGCUGACAAAACAUUUCUACUAAAAUCCACGGUGAGGAUUCAUUUAAAAAAAAAAAAAAAAAGCACAAAAAGACAAAAAUGUGUUUAAUUAAACAGAGUCGACACAUGAACAACACACCUGCACACACCUGUAUGGAAACUCCUUGAGGACAAAUGUUCAGGUUCAUCACCUCUGCAUCAUGUAUCAUGACAAAGCUCAUUUCUGCCAAGAAAAGAAAAGUUAAGAUGAUAGAAAUUAAUUGUAAGUAGUCAUGAAUGAAACAGUCACACACUUGACUUAUAUUUCGUCAUAUUUGUGACAGUUUUUUCGUCAUUCUUAACAUUUCAUCCAUUUAAAAAAAAAAAUCUUUUUCUGGCAGAAACGGGCUUCCGUACUUCCGCUCGUAUACAUGCUGUCGCAUGAAAAAACCAUCGACUGCCGUUCUGAUUCACGUGGGUUCACAGCAAAAAAAUAAUUUACCUUGAAAAUACAUUUAAAGACGGUUGACAGGUUCUGUAAUAUGACGAAUUUGAGGUAAACAACAUGUGGAUGCAGCAUCAUUUUCAGGAUUUGAUUAAAUUGAAUUUAAAUUGAUCUGACUGACUGAAAGUGGAUGUGACUCGGUGAGCAGGGAGUCUCCGGAGAGCCACAGUGAGAUAAAGUCGAGAGCGGUUUUAUAUGAUUCACUGUGUCUUUAAAAAUGCCUUGUGAAAAAACUUUUCUAUUGGAUUUUUCACUACACGAUAAUGAGCCUGAUGUCCCUCUCAGCCACUGUUACACACUAAAACUGAAACUCUGAUGAGAAGUCAUUCGGCAGAGGAUCCAUUAGAUAACUCAUACCCUCAGAUAAAUAUCAUUUCUUUUUAAUGUUUUGUUGAUUUUGUUUCCUCCCUGUGGCGACACUUUUCCUCUCAGUGUGUUCUUCCGCUGCAGCUGAUAAUCAGAUUUUUAUUAAAGCUCCUCUGGGUAUCAGUUUAUCCUCCGCUGCAUCAUUAUCACAUUAGCUCUGUUUGGUGGAAUCACUGGGGACGAUCGGUCGCCUCUGACGAAUGCCACUGGGUUUAUUUAUUCAUUUUUGCAAAUGUUUUUAAAAGUGUCCAAAUCCAAACUGUGCAUUAGUGAUUACAGUCCAGUCAAAGAAAUAAGCCGCUGUAAAUUCGUAUGGAAGCCAAUUACAGCCAGGAAAAGAAAGAAAAUCAAAAGUCAAAAUUAUGAGACACAAAGUCAAACUAAAUUGAAAUCAAGUCAGAACUAUAAUACAAAAUUAAAAUGGUCACUUUUUUUUACUUAUCUCAUAAUUUUGAUUUGCCAUGAGUACUUUUGUUUUUGUAAUUCCUAAUAUUUCAUCUAAUUGUUUUUUAUUUAUCCUGGCAUAAAUGGGCUUCCAUACGUGUGGGUCCAAACAAAGAUGGCCGGGAGCUGUAGUUUUUUUUGUUUUGUUUUUUGUUGUGCCAAUAGAAUAAUCAUUGUUUAACUUUGUUUGUAGUAGAUACUAAUUUAUCUGAACAGUAAACAUCAGGAAUAUGUUUCCCUGAUGAAAAAACGACUGUACUGAGUUACAGAAGCUAGCCAGAGUUCGGACAUGGCCGUUGAUUGUCUCUUCAGAUUUAGAGACCACAUUUCCCAGAAGCCCUUUGGAUGCAUUUUUAAUUUAUUAAUUGUGGCUCUUAUAAAACAAACUUUUUCCCUCUCUGUUUGCAGUAAGACCCUCAGAAAUGGUCACAUGUUGAUUUUAUAUAACAGUUGAAUCACUCAGGCUCCCAUAGCGGAGUAAAACAUCUUAAUUCAUCUACAUUUCAAAUGUUCCUUCGAUGUGAUAAAAGUCGUCUCCGCUGGUCAAAGCUUCGGUUGUCAACUCUCUGCAGUGGAAAAACACGUCCUGAUAUUUUCCCCAGAGGGCUCCGAUCGCUGUGUUGUUUAUAUUUGGAUUAUUUUUUUUUUUUUUUUUUUUUGGGGGGGGGGCAAUAAAUAAAAGUUUUUAAAAAGCCACCAACACAACUCUGUGGACGCGUGAAGAAAGAUAUUUUUAUAACUGUGAUUAUUCUCUGCAAUACAUUCUCAGAUCAGUUGGACUGACUGAAAGUUACACUGCAUUCUGGUUAUUAUUAUUAUUAUUAUCAUUAUUAUUAUUAUUAUUAUUAUAUUAAUAAAUACGCUCCAAAUGUAACGUUUAA